AUGUAUUCCAUACUGCUAUUAUUUUUACUUGUUUCCUCAAGUGUUUUAGCAAAUCCCAGUUUAUUGGAUCAAGAUUAUUUCGAAGUUGAUGAUGCAUCAACUAUUUUUGAACAGUUUAUCAAAAGAUAUGAGAAAAAUUACGCACCAGACGAAUAUGAUUAUCGCUUAAGCGUCUUCAAAGACACAUUGGAGAAAUUAAACCAAUGGAAUAUCGAAGACCCCGGGGCAUACGGUUUGCAAGAGUUCUCCGAUCUCACCUUCGAAGAAAUCUCAGAUAAGUAUUUAGGUCUGAAAGGCAACAUCAGCGAUGUUGAAACUGUUGAGUUUAAGAGUGAUCAGUUAUAUACGUCUCCUGAAAAUGUCGAUUGGCGUGAGUACGGCGUUGUAUCACCGGUGAAGGAUCAAAGGCAGUGUGGAUCGUGUUACGCUUUUAGCGCUAUAGGACACAUAGAAAGCCGUUACGCGAUGAAGUAUCAUAAAAUUAAAAUCCUCUCUGAGCAGCAAGCACUUGACUGUGAUACUAUGGACUAUGGCUGCCAGGGCGGAUUGCCUCAUAAUGUAUUCAGUUCCCUGAUGAGCGGUGUGAUGCUUUCAAGAGAUUACCCAUACGUCCAGCGUCAGGGAUUCUGCAGAGCUAAAGGAUGGAAAGCGGUCGUAAAAGUAAAGAAAUUCACAGUUUUUAAGAAUUUGGACGAAGACGACUUGAAAGAGGCUGUGGCUAGUUAUGGACCCCUUUCAAUAUCAAUGUUUUUCACACAUAGAAUGUCGCAUAUUAAAGAUGGCCGGGUUUACAAACCUGUUGACUGUGUUCAAUCCAAAAGCAAUCACGCAGUACUAUUGGUGGGCUACGGACAAGAAAACGAUGAUGAUUACUGGAUCAUCAAGAACUCCUGGGGGACGGGCUGGGGUGACAAGGGCUACAUGCGGCUCUUACGAGGCUUUGGAGUUUGCAAUAUUGGCACUUACGCAGCGCUCGCUGAGGUCACGCGAGUAGGUGAAGAAAGGAUUUCCUCUGGAGCCUGGGUAGUUCAGACCGGCGGCGUUGGUAAUAUUGAAGGACAGUACGCCAAAGUUCACAACACUGAGGCAAUAAGCUUGUCAGAACAGCAGAUAAUAGAUUGUGAUCGCACUAGUCAUGGAUGUUAUGGAGGCUGGCCGCACGAUGUUUUCAAUAGUCUGGCUGCGGAAGGUGGGUCGAUGAGAGAAGACGACUAUCCAUAUGCAGGUGUCCAGGGUCAAUGCAGUUUGGACCGUAGCAGAAUAGCAGUCAGGGUUACAGGAGGCCAACAAAUAUCAAUUUCAGAUGAAGAAAGCUUGAAGGACGCUUUGGUUCAAUAUGGACCGCUUUCAGUAGUCAUAGAGGUUAACCAAGAAUUUAUGCUUUUGCAAGGACAGUCCAUCUUUAAACCCACAACUUCGUGUGACGAAGGCCUUCAUGCUGUUCUUCUUAUUGGCUAUGGAAAUGACGGCACGGACGAUUACUGGAUCUUGAAGAAUUCAUGGGGUACCACGUGGGGCGAUCAGGGCUUCUACCGCAUGGUGAUGGGCCAGCACGCUUGCAACAUUGGAGACUAUGCAGCUAGCGCGACUGUCGAAUAG